AUGGCCUGCCGUUUAACCCGUGACUUCCAGCUCAACGACUACGCCAUCUACGACCGCCAGCCCGGAAUGGGCGGGACCUGGUGGGCGAAUACAUACCCCGGCUGCGCCGUCGACAUCCCAGGCUUCUGCUACAGCUACUCCUUCGCGCCGAAUCCAGACUUCACGCAGAUGUUCCCGCCGCAAGCCGAGAUCCUGUCGUAUCUUUCGACUGUAGCUAGGAAGUACCGCGUCGACGAGCAUUUCACGGGGAACACGGAGUGGAUUGGGGCGGAGUGGAGGGAGAAGAGCGGUAGCUGGGUUGUUACGUUGAGGGAUUUGGGGACCAUGACGGUGUUUCGCCAGGAGUGUCGGGUGCUGAUUUCGGCGGUUGGGGGGCUGGUUGAUCCGGCGAUACCGCGGAUUCCGGGGCUGGAGGGGUUUAAGGGGGAGGUUGUGCAUACGGCUGGAUGGAGGGAGGGGAUUGAGUUGAAGGGGAGGAGGGUUGCUGUUAUUGGGAAUGGGGCAUCAGCUGCACAGUUGGUACCGGCUAUAGUUGACGAGGCUGCGUCCGUCACGCAGUUUAUGAGGUCACCCCAUCAUAUCGUUUCUGCAAACAACCACCAAGUCCCCCCAGCAUACCGAGCAGUGCUCCGCCACUUUCCGAUGCUUCUCUACCUCAUCCGCCUCAUUCUGUUCCUCUACAUGGAGAUCACCUGGUUCCGCUUCCAGAACAACAGACUCGGCAAGAUCGGCCGAGCGUCUGUGGAGAAGCGAAGCCAACAAUACGUGCAGCACUCUGCCCCGGAAUCAUACUGGGAUUUAUUGAUCCCGAAAUACGAGUUCGGGUGUAGGAGACGCAUCUUCGACCGCGGCUACCUCUCAGCCCUGCACUCCCCGAAGGUCCACCUAACAACAGACCGCAUCUCCUCCAUAACGCCGACCAGCAUCCUCACUACAUCCGGCACCAACAUCCCCAUCGAUGUAAUCCUCCUCGCAACAGGCUUCAACCUAACACACUACGAUACCCCCAUUACCGGACGGCAUGGCCUUACAAGGAAACAGGCCUGGGAGGAGGUCGGGCACAAAGCAACGUACAAGUCCAUUGCGAUGCACGACUUCCCAAACUUCUUUUACAUCCUUGGCCCGAAUUCGGGGAGGGUGUAUACGAGUACGAUUAUGAUUAUUGAGAGUCAAGUUGAGAUGGUUCUGAACGCGAUCAAACCGAUUCUUCUUGGCCAGGCUGCUUCAGUUGAAGUGAGGGCAGAUAGGGAGGCGGAGUAUGAUGUGAAACUCCACAAGGCAAUCGGGGAGACGGUGCAUAGUAGCGAGUGUGGGAGUUACUUCAUCGAUAAGGGAACGGAGAAGAACUGGUUCGUCUACCCCUGGAACUCGGUGCAGCUGUGGUUCUCGACCUACUUUGGGAAUAAGGGGGAUUGGGUUUAUCGGGAUGGACAUGGAAGGUUUGAUAUUCGUUCGUCUAUCUGCUUCGAGGACAAGGUUGUCGAAAGCGUAUAG